AUGCUUGGACGUCUGGGCAUGACCGUCAAGCAGUGUCUCGAAGCAUACAAGCGGAUGGCAGAGCAAGCCUUUACGCCGAAAGGAAACAAGCUCUCUCGGACUUUCAGCCUCCCAGCAUCACCUCAUGGUGAGUUUGCGGGGAAAGCCCUUGCAGACGCUGUCAAGAAGAUUGUGAAAGAACGCACGGGUGAUGAAGAAGCCGUCUUUGCUGACAGGACUUGCGUGAAGACUGUCGUCCUCGCCGUCACCAAGGCAGACGUCGGUGCACUGCCUACGAAGUUCAAGACAUAUAGCAUUGGCGAUGACUUCAAGCACUGCAAGAUAUGGGAGGUCGCGCGCGCAACCUCUGCAGCAACUACGUUCUUUGAAUCGAUUUCCAUAGGUCAUCAAGAUAUCGAGUUUAUUGAUGCAGGCUUUGGACACAACAAUCCCAGCGAGGUGUUGUUAAGCGAAGCGGAAGAUAUGUUCCCAGGUGGCACAUACGACUGCAUUGCGAGCAUUGGAACUGGUCUAGGAGACGUGAUAACAAUCAAAGAUACCCGGCGGUCAAUCAUCAGAGCACUCAAGAGUAUGGCAAGCCACUCCCAAUCUGUGCAUCGCCGCCUUUCGCAUAGGUUGUCGGAAGCCGCCUACUUCCGUUUUGAUGUGACGAGAGGCCUGGAUGACAUAACGUUGUCCGACUGGAAAGAGUCGAGUACUAUCUCGGCACACACUAGGAAUUAUCUCGCAGAGGUAGAAGUUGAGAGGCAGAUCAAACGCUGUGCGAGGAUCCUGAUCCAAGACACAGUCUCUACCUCACCCCAUGAAAAUACACAACAAACUUUCGACCAUCAAAGUCACGAUAGACGAGAACACCGCGAUGUGCGAAAUGAUCCAGCUGUCGUCCAGACAUUUCCCUCAUUAUCGGCGAUACUAGACUUUAUCGCACUUAUUAAGCGAGAAGCUCCACGGAGUGCGCUUGUUGACCACAUGGUGCAGCAUAACAUCUCCCCACAGAUGUACCAGCAGAUACUCUCACAGCAGAAUAUCCCACAGCCCAUCUUCUUCAGUAACCCUGUGACCAUCUUCACAGGAAUCACCGGGUAUGAGGUCAUUGGCCUUAGUCUCGACAGAGUUAGCUCAUUGCUUGAAUUCCAGCAGUUUAUGGCGAACGCCGCGAGAGACAUGCUUGAAGAAAGAUUUAAAGCUAAGGGCUCAGCGAAGUUCAUCGAAGGGGAGUUCUUACUCCAAGAUGAGAACGAGCACAUGCUCAACCUACGGUCGCCUUGGAAAAGCAUCAUGAAGCCUGGACAGCGCAGAUACCUGAGUAUCAAGUUUCGUGAAAUCGCAACGACAGCAUGUCCGCAUUGUGGGACUGACAACGAGCUUUUCGAGGGACAAAAUACAAUCUGUCGAACUUGCCAACUGACGUAUCAACGAAUUGUUGAGCUCAGUUCAGAAGAAGAUGUGGAAGAAGGUAAAGCGGUAUCCGAACACGAUACAAGCGGGCCGAGAGUGGAAGACAUUACGGAACAUGAGCUCAAGCUUUGCUUCCAUCGGGUCACACUCUACCUUAAGCAGAGUCAAGCCUUUGGCGGAUCCAAUAUGGUACAGCAUCCGGAAUGGACCCCAGAACAGGUUAAACAACAGGCCCCUGAAAGGCACACUCUUUACGCAAACGAUUCUGAGAGAGCUUUUGAGCGUUUGACUGAGCGGCUUAGGCUGGGAUUGACGACCACGCCAAAACAAUCCAAAGCCCCGUCCCUAAUGCCUCGUUCGAUGCCCCACAACGGGCCGAGCAGAAUAUCGGAGCUUGCACAACAUUUUGAACAGCUAUCACGAGAGUUUGACAAGGAGCGUAUGCGUGAACGGCGUAACGAUCGGGCCAGACAAGUGCGCGCGUUCCCACUCGCUUCUUCUAAACCGGUUGUUGAGGUAUAUAAGAACGUAACGAUCGGGCCAGACAACCUGGCUAAGCCACGUACGCAGGCAAUGAGCGCAGCAUCUUCGGACAGUUAA